GACUCAGAUCCUCCCUCGAUCACCCACAGCACCUCAGCUUCUCACCUGGUUUGGCCACUCCGUAGCCGCCGCGAACCUCCUCCUUCCUCCUCCGACGAAGAACGGCAGCCGCCAACGUUAGGCACCAGUCGCACUCUCCCCGCCGACGCGUCGAGUGGAUUCAUCCCAGUUUAGGGAGGGUUGUUUUCUUUCGUUGUUUCCAAGAUGGCUCGCCGAGGAUUGAUGGAACAGGACUUAAGCAAGCUUGAUGUGACAAAGCUCCACCCACUGUCACCUGAAGUUAUCUCACGCCAAGCCACAAUCAAUAUUGGUACCAUUGGACAUGUGGCUCAUGGAAAGUCUACUGUUGUAAAAGCUAUAUCUGGAGUUCAGACCGUUCGAUUCAAGAAUGAGCUGGAGCGUAACAUCACAAUAAAGCUGGGUUAUGCUAACGCAAAAAUCUAUAAGUGUGAGGACGACAGAUGUCCGCGACCAAUGUGCUACAAGGCCUAUGGAAGUGGAAAAGAAGAUGGCCCUCCCUGUGAUGUGCCUGGGUUUGAAAACACUAGAAUGAAGCUCCUGAGACAUGUUUCUUUUGUUGAUUGCCCGGGUCACGACAUUCUCAUGGCCACAAUGCUUAAUGGAGCUGCUAUCAUGGAUGGAGCAUUGCUUUUGAUAGCAGCGAAUGAAAGUUGCCCACAACCACAGACAUCUGAGCAUCUUGCUGCUGUUGAAAUCAUGCGUCUCCAACAUAUCAUCAUUCUGCAGAACAAGAUUGAUCUUAUCCAGGAAAGUGCCGCGAUGAAUCAGCAUGAAGCAAUCCAAAAAUUCAUCCAGGGCACAAUAGCUGAAGGUGCUCCUGUGGUGCCUAUAUCUGCCCAGCUGAAGUAUAACAUUGAUGUGAUCUGUGAAUAUAUUGUGAAGAAAAUCCCCAUCCCUGAAAGGAAUUUCACCUCACCUCCCAAUAUGAUUGUUAUUCGCUCCUUUGAUGUUAACAAGCCUGGUUCAGAGGUUGAUGAAAUUAGGGGUGGCGUAGCAGGUGGCAGCAUCCUCAGAGGAGUUCUGAGGGUGAACCAGAAGAUUGAAGUUCGCCCUGGCAUUGUCAUGAAGGAUGAGAGUGGCAACAUCAAAUGCACUCCAAUCUACUCAAGGAUUGUCUCACUCUAUGCUGAGCAGAAUGAACUCCAAUUUGCUGUGCCGGGAGGGCUUAUUGGUGUGGGAACAACAAUGGAUCCCACUUUAACGCGUGCUGAUAGGCUUGUUGGCCAGGUUCUCGGCGAAGUUGGCUCACUACCUGAUGUAUAUGUGGAGCUUGAGAUCAAUUUCUUCCUCCUCCGGAGGCUGUUGGGUGUGAGGACAAAAGGUACAGAGAAGGCAGGGAAGGUGUCCAAGCUCACGAAGGGUGAGAUCCUGAUGCUUAACAUAGGAUCUAUGUCCACAGGCGCCCGCGUGGUCGCUGUUAAGAACGAUCUUGCCAAGCUACAGCUCACUGCGCCUGUCUGCACAAGCAAAGGAGAGAAGGUUGCCCUGAGCCGUCGUGUUGAGAAGCAUUGGCGCCUCAUCGGAUGGGGCCAGAUCCAGGCCGGAACCACACUUGAAGUACCACCCUGCCCACUCUGAAGCACCAUACUCUCGACAGAGCUGAAGUUGUGAGGCUGAGGGGAAAACAUGAGUUUGAUAGUCCCGUCUUCCGGUGUUAUCACAGAUUCUUAUGUCAUACGCCACUAGGUUGAUUUCGCUUUGUGGAAGUUUUGGAGGCCACUUCUCAUUAAAUGUUAUUAUGAGUCUUGAGAACAUUAGCAGGUCGGAAACUAGCUGCUUGCGGAUCAGUAUUGCCUUGCCGAUUUAUGGUAGUAUCAUCUUUCGUUGAUUUCAA